AUGGACGCCAGUGCCAUAGACCUGCCAAAUUCCAGCGAGGAUGAAAAAGCCAUCAGCGAGCUUGCGCAGACGUAUAGGGACAUAUGGAGUUUGCUUGAAGAGCGUGCCCCUGCUACGGUGGAAGAGGUGCCUUCAACACUGCAUGAGCUCUCCCCACCAACUCCCCGCGCUGCUUGGCAAGAAUUGGGAAGGCUGGCGACAGCAUGCGAGACACCUUCCUCUCUCCACGGUGAAAAGUGGGUGACAAUUCGUUUGGAUGGGUGUAUGUUCGGAACGCUGACCAAGCGCAUGAGAGAAGCUGGCUUGAUUGGGCCAGGAUACUCUGACGAGGUAGGUGAAAUCAUGCAACUCUGCUGCCGGGCCAUGAUGGACGAAUUCAAAGGCAACAUUGCAUAUACCCACAGCGACGAGAUGACAAUUCUGCUGACCCCGCGUCUGACUACGACGACGGGUGCAGCUCAAGACUGGGUCCAUGGAGGCCGAGUCCAGAAAUGGUUGAGCAUUGGUGCCAGCGUUGUCACCGCGUUGUUCAACCGUAGGUUGGCCCAGAUGGCAGAGGAGCGGGGAAUCGAAUUGCCUGACAACGUCAUCGCACACUUCGACUGCAGAGUGGGGGAGUUCGACUCCUUGGACGAGGCCCUGGCCCUCAUCUUGUGGCGGGCCUUUGACUGCAGCGUCAACUGUGUCCAAGAUGGUUGCCACCAUGGUGGUGCCCCGAUAGAGAUAGUUCAAAGCGACUUCUCUGAGAAACUCAAGUGGCUUCACAAAGCCGGGCGUUUGCCCUUGAAGCCUCACCAGGCCUAUGGUAGCCUGUUUAUCCGCACCAUGGGUGAAUUUGAUGCUGUAGUGCCGGCCACCAAUGAGACAGUCAGGGUGACUCGGCGGGUGAAUGUAAAGGUGAAUGACGGAGCUCACGGCCCGCAAAACCUCCUCUUACUGCCCAGAAAUGGGAUGCCGCUCCUCCCCUCAGAGGGGGACAAACGCUUAGAGCUACGCAACGGAAGCUUUUGGCGCUAUGCAGGUCCAUCUGGCACAGGCCAGGAAAGCAACCGUGCCAGUGAUGCGCGUGAAGAUAGGAAGCGGCGUGGGCGCGGCCGCAGGCAGCGAAGGCAGUGA